UGGUCCCGCGGGUCGAAUCGCAGCUCCCCUCACCCUGGGGUUUGGAUCCCAUAGCCCGGCGAGAUACAGGAUCCCAGGACGAAGGAGAGAAAAGAGUGACAGAGUGAGAGAGGAGAGAAUCUCAGCCAAAGAUGAUCAUUAUCUCCACCCUGGUGAGCCUCCUUCAACCGGUGCUGUCGGCGUUGUCGGGGGCUGUGCAGUGGCAGGGCCUGCAGCACUGGUACUUCCUGCUGGGCCUGCGUCUGCUGGCCAUGUACUUUGCCAGUUCGCCGUGGGAGAGUGCACAGCAGGAUAUGGCGUGUGCCUGGAGCCCUGGCCAGGAGGCGGAGACCCGGACCUUCUGCACCUCGGUCUGCUACAACCGCCACUUCCUGGCACCCGUCCUGCCCACCUGGGGCUUCUCCUUCCUCAUCGCCCUGAUCCCCAUCACCAUCAUCAGAGUGCUGUACCCCAAAGAGGAUCUUCACGGCAAGGGGGGGCAGGAGGUCGCGGCGUCGGCCACAUGCAACAAGGCCAGCGAGCACAGGUUGGCGGUAGAAUCCUACGUGGCUGCCAGACCCAAGAUGGGAGGGGAAUCCAACAUGGCCACUAAAUCCAACAUGGCUGCCACGGUCAGGCUGCUGGGAGAAUCCAAGAUGGUUGCCAGACCCAAGGUGGUUGGGGAAUCCAACAUGGCCACUAAAUCCAACAUGGCUGCCACGGUCAGGCUGCUGGGAGAAUCCAAGAUGGUUGCCAGACCCAAGGUGGUUGGGGAAUCCAACAUGGCCACUAAAUCCAACAUGGCUGCCAUGGUCCAGCCAGCGGGAGAUUCCAACAUGGCCGCCACCCCAAAGCUGGUUGGUGCGACCAAUGUGGCUGCCAGAGACAACACGGUUGGCAUCAGCAGUGUGACCAGUUCACCGGCAGGACCUGACAUGGCCGCCCAGCCGCCCUGGUGUGCCGGCGUCAUCACCAUGUGCAUCGCUGUGCUGCUGGCCACUGAGGUGGGAUUCCUCUGGGCCUUGCUGGCCCGGCAGCUGCCCAUGGUAUCAGGGCCCAACUUCCCCUGCUUCCCCGGCACCCCGGCCUGCCCCCCUGCCCUCGAGUGCACCGUGCGGGGCCAGGCCGACAAGCACAUGGCUCUGGUCAUGUUGGCCCUCACGGCCUGUGUCAGCAUCCUGGUCUGCCUGGGCUAUGGGGGCGCGUGGCUAGGCCGGGCCACCUGUUGCCGUGGGAGACAGGCGGGGGAGCGGGCCCCGGAGGGGGGACGCAUGAGGGAAGGGAGCAUGUGCUGUGAUGGAUGGGAAGAGAGGGAGAUGGGGGAAGGCAGGGUGCUGAGGGGGGACUGGGAGAGUGGGGAGUGGGAUGCCAGGACGGGGGUGAACGGGGAACGGAAGGGCCAGGGAGAGUUCAACAUCUGGCUGCUGGAACUCUGA